AUGACAUCACCACAAAAAAAGUUAGGAAUACAUUUAGAUAAUGAUGGAUGUUUGAUUAAAAGAGUACUUAAAGAUGGAAGUGGUGAUCAAGUACCAUCGAAUGCUAUAGUAAGCAUUCUAUAUGAAGCAUAUCUUUCAAAUGGACAUUUAUUCGAUUCAAACGUUCAACUCAAAGGUACCCCAUUCACCUUUCAAUUGGGAACACAUGCAUCAAUUGAUGCUGUUGAAUUGGCUGUCAAAUCAAUGCGUGUAGGUGAAGAGGCAGAGAUUGUAUCAACUCAACGUUAUGCUUUUGGUAAACAUGGUCUACCUCCCUUUAUACCUCCCAAUACUUCUGUCAUUUAUAAAAUUCAAUUAAUUUCUUUUAAACUUGAUACUUUACAUGAUUAUAAUUCAUUCCAAGGAUUAAUUUCAAAAUCAUUAAAAGAAAAAGAUAGAGGUAAUAAUUAUUUUAAUCAACAGAAAUUUAAAUUGGCAAUGAAAUAUUAUAUUAAAGGAAUAUGGAUAUUAGGAGAUCCAAAUUAUACAUUAAUAUUAAAUGAAGAUCAAACAAAGAUUCAAAGAGACGCAUUGAUUGUAUUAUAUUUAAAUUUGGCAACAUGUAACAUAAAAUUGAUGGAUGGAAAGAGAGCAUUGACCAAUUGCGAAAAAAUACUAGAACUUGGUGGCAGCAGUGCCAAAUUCUAUUUUAGAAUGUCACAAGCUUACUCUCUCAAUAGACAAUUUGAAUCGGCUAAAAGAUGUAUUGUUCAAGCUAUUCGUUUGGAACCUUCAGAUUCCAAAUUACGUGAUGAAUUGGAUAAGAUUAAAGUUUUAUUAGGCGAAUAA